AAGCCUUGAAAGCAUCUGGAUUUAAAAAAAGCUCCAAUAAUCCGUCAGAUUUCUUUGAACUAAUUUUGGACGACCUCCUACUGCUGCUCACGCUUCUUCAGGCGAGUGCAGGAAGGCAGCAUGAACGUCACUUCGCUCUUCUCCUUCACCAGCCCGGCCGUCAAACGGCUGCUGGGCUGGAAGCAGGGCGAUGAGGAGGAGAAAUGGGCGGAAAAAGCCGUGGAUGCUCUGGUGAAGAAGUUGAAGAAGAAGAAGGGAGCCAUGGAGGAGCUGGAGAGGGCCCUCAGCUGCCCGGGUCAGCCCAGUAACUGUGUGACCAUCCCUCGCUCGCUGGACGGACGGCUGCAGGUGUCCCACAGAAAAGGUCUGCCUCACGUCAUCUACUGCCGGGUGUGGCGCUGGCCCGACCUGCAGUCCCACCACGAGCUGAAGGCGCUGGAAUGCUGCGAGUAUCCCUUCGGCUCCAAGCAGAAGGACGUAUGCAUCAAUCCCUACCACUACAAGAGAGUGGACAGCCCAGUGCUGCCUCCUGUUUUGGUACCAAGGAACAGCGAGUUCAACGCCAAGCACACAAUGCUGCCUCGCUUUCGGAACCCCCUUCAGCAGAACGAGCCACACAUGCCCCAAAAUGCCACCUUCCCAGAGUCCUUCACUCAGGCAAACACCGUCCCCUUCCCUCAUUCUCCAGGAAACGGCUUCCCAAGCUCCCCCGGCGGCGGCAGCAGCGCCACCUUUCCUCACUCGCCCUCCAGCUCGGACCCAGGCAGCCCGUUCCAGAUGCCCGAGACCCCCCCACCUGCUUACAUCCCCCCAGAGGAGCAGAUGACGCAGGACUGUCCUCAGCCAAUGGACAUCAACCUCAUGGCUCCGCCUCUGCCUACAGAGACAAACAACCGGGCAGAUGUGCAGCCUGUGGCCUAUGAGGAACCGAAGCACUGGUGCUCCAUUGUUUACUACGAGCUGAACAAUCGUGUUGGCGAGGCUUUCCAGGCUUCCUCCACCAGCGUGCUCGUCGACGGCUUCACGGAUCCCUCCAACAACCGCAACCGCUUCUGCCUCGGCUUACUCUCCAACGUCAACCGUAACUCUACCAUAGAGAACACGCGGCGGCACAUCGGAAAAGGAGUCCAUCUGUACUACGUUGGAGGGGAGGUGUAUGCCGAGUGCCUGAGUGACAGCAGUAUCUUCGUCCAGAGCCGUAACUGCAACUACCACCAUGGCUUCCAUCCCACCACGGUGUGCAAGAUUCCCAGCAGGUGUAGCCUGAAGAUCUUCAACAACCAGGAGUUUGCUGAGCUGCUGGCCCAGUCCGUCAACCAUGGCUUUGAGGCCGUUUACGAGCUCACCAAAAUGUGCACCAUCCGGAUGAGCUUUGUUAAGGGCUGGGGAGCAGAGUACCAUCGCCAGGAUGUCACCAGCACCCCCUGCUGGAUUGAGAUCCACCUGCAUGGCCCGCUGCAGUGGCUGGAUAAAGUUCUGACCCAGAUGGGUUCCCCCCACAACCCAAUAUCUUCUGUUUCAUAGGCCUCACUAACCCAGGCCUUUCCACACCCCAGCAUUUCUGUCCAGGUAGGGAGAACAGCAGCCAACUGCUCCCAGAUCAGUUUGUAGUUCAGUCAGCCUGGUUCUGACCGAAGGACCAACGGAUCUGCGACCUGUGAGGCUGAGCGGGUUCU